CGAGGGAGCGUCCUAGACUCAGGUAUUCAGUGUAGCAGGAAGUUCCCGGGAUAACAGGAACAGCACGUUCCGUGUCGAUGUUCUCUUGUGAGGAUCGUGGAACAUCUACAAUCCUAGCGCGAACAUCUUUCAUUUGCACAGCGGGUAUGCCACCCGUCCCCUGCUGCGUGCUGUGAUGUCGUGUCUCGCUCUUGACAGAGGCCGCCUGCACAUCUAGCGUGCUACUACAUCUGCACAUUCUAGCGUGCUGCUCCCGCCACCACAGGAGAAGGUGUUUGUGAGCUGCUGUGAGUUCUGUCGUGUGACAGUGUAGCGACGCAGGGGGUGAAGCGAGAGGUGAAUUGUUUAACUACGGAAGAUGAGGCAGAUGGUGAAGGAAGACAGACAGCUAGAUUGUCGCGCACCGAGGAAGAGUGGUGAUUCGCUCACAAUUAGGUGCUUGGUGCUAAGCAGAUGGUUUGCUCAUAAUUUGAUGGUUUGCUUAUAAUUUGGAGAGGAAGGAAGAGUAGGAAGAAGAGAGACGUAUCCCCUCUCUCUACUGCGCAGUCUUUCUCGUCGUACGUCUAGGUAACGUGUUUUUAUUGGGCGACGUCCAUGGAUCCGUGAAAUACGAAGUCGUUGCUGCAUGAGUAUAUGGUGUUAGUUAAAGUGCCUUCUGUCUGAAUCCCUCGAUCCCGUAUUGUGCAUUGCUACAGGUGGUACGUACGUUACAUCAACCAAUGCGCCGAGGUAGCCAGUCCAUCGCUACUGCUAGUUGGCAUAAAUUUAUACUGGUCCCACUGAACGCUGUAUGACGGUUUCUUGUCACAUACCAUGCUGAACGGACGGACACCCGUGUAGGACUGACUUUUCCUGAAUAUAUACCGUGCUGAUACUGUACACCUAUGUAUAUGAGCAUCAUUGAUGUCCACUAUAGCUACACCUACUACAAUGUACACGAAGAUGGAUAUAUAAAUAAUAUAAUAUAUGAUGACAGCCGCAUAAAAAGCUGAUUGAAUAUCGUGGUUGAAGUAAGGAGGCUGGUGGUGGCGGGAGAGAGAAAUGUAAGAGUAAGUUUGCUGUCGCCAUCGUGUGUGGUAUUAGGUGGUUGUUUGCCCACCGUGCCGGGUCGCGCUUGAUGAUUCCGCUGGUCAACUAAGGAAGAACUUUGGACCAGCACACCGCCUCCGCAGACAAAUACUCUCGCAGCACUAGCGGCUACGACCAGAAACGAGUGUGGGAGUCCGGUACGUGGCCGCGGAGGCAACCCCUGUGCUCGUCCUACGUGACUGUGAGAACUACAGGCCGACUCACAUAGGAAAGAGGGAACAUUUGCCUUCGCUAGUGAACUCGGGACAGCGAACCGCGAAACAUCUGAGUUCGUCGAUGAACGAACGCAAGGAACAUUUCAGAUUUGCAUCAACUCGGGACAGUGAACCGCGGAACAUCUGAGUUCGUGGGUGAAUGAACGCAAGGAACAUUUGCAUCGCUAGUGAACUCGGGAGCAGUGAACCACGGAACAUGUGAGUUCAUUGACGACAGAACGACCUGGCCGUGUCUGUCAUCAUCAUGAUCAUUAACGACGUGUGUCUGGAAUGCAGAGUACGUUGCCGUGGCGUCUGUCGCACGGUGCAUGUAGCCUGGACCCACAUCUAGCGCGGCAAGACAGAGGAAGUUUUAUGGGAGCCGUUACGAAGAGUUGCCUCUACUAUCGUACCGUGUAUUAAUGGUCGUGCUGUAAACGUUGCGUGGAUGGGUUUUAUAUCAACACGCAGUGUUACGUUUGCGAUCCUCCUACACGGUGGUGAUACACUAGCUCUUACAGAUUUGUGGUGAAACUCGGGUGCGCUUGCACGAUUGCAGUUCUUAAACGGUUUGGGCGUUUGUAAAUCAGAAGGUUGUGUUGUGUGUCUUCGGCGAGGUUUAUACAACCAACGACCGCUGCUACCGAGACGUGUGUUUAUAAGCAAAACCUUCUAUGCUCACAAACAGCAUACAGCUGGUGGUUGGAUGAGAAGCUAUAGCAUGAACAACGACAGCAUGAGCGCGUCGUAUAGCCUGGGCCCAGUAGAGACGGCCUACUGGUGCGAGAGCAUACUAGAACAGGACGAGUCCUCAGAGGACAUGAUCAGCAACGAGAAUGAAACUCUGCGAGAGAGGGUCGCCGACCUUGAGAAGAAGGUUCAAGAGCAGACGGACGACAUCGUCUGCCUGCGCAGCGCCGUCGCUGACAUUGUCCGCCGACUCAACAGCAUGGAGGUGAACAGAGGUUCAGCUGUGGGUCCCAGCAGUUCUUCGUACGGCCGCCGCACCAACGUCAGCAGUCCCAGAACCCCCAGCAACCGCCGCGGCUCGUCGGACGCGCACACACCCUCUAGUGGCCUAUAUCCCGUGCAUCGCAGCUCGCCGCGGCAACCCGCCGGAUCGAAGGCGACGUCGAACUCGAUAAAGAAGUGGGCGUCGUCGACGGAAGUGUCUCCCGGGUCUGGGACCAUCACGCCGUCAAAACGGAACGGUUCGAUGUCGAUGUCCGUCACAAACCUUCACGAAGCGUCGGGCCGCACCUCCGGACGCUCUUCCCCCUCACCAUACUCCCGAGGCCGAGCGUCCACGAGCGGGUCUACGUCCAACCUAUCGGAGGCAGGACGUCGGUCCCCUGCCACAUCCCCUACGUUUAGAGGAAGUGCAAUGUUUCGACAGUUCUCCACGCCAGUCAAAGGCAUAGCACUCCACCCGAACAAGUUGUUGAUAGCCAGCGGGCAAGUGGCCGGCAUUGACAGGCGAGAAAAGAGAUCAGGUGACGAUGAUGAACGACCAAUGUAUUUGCCGCACGUGCGAGUCUGGGACUCUGUCAGCUUGCAUACGAUGCACAUCAUCGGAUUGGGAGACUUUGAGCGGGCGGUAUGCUGCAUUGCCUUCUCCAAAGCGGACGGAGGCCAGCUGCUAUGUGCCGUGGAUGAAGCGAAUGAACACGUGCUGUCUGUGUGGGACUGGCAGAGAGGUGAACGCGGCCAGAAGAUAGCUGAGAGCAAGAGCUCGGGCGAUCCCGUGCUUGCUGUGGAGUGCCAUCCGCUCGACAAGAACACGAUCGUCACGUGCGGCAAGGGCCACAUCAACUUCUGGAGACUGGAGCCGAAGAACGCGCUGACGAAGCGCAUGGGAGUGUUCGACAAACAAGUGGAGAGACCGAAAUACAUUUUGUGCCUAACAUUUGACGAUAAUGGUAAUUGCCUCACCGGUGACUCGAAUGGAAAUAUCAUCUCCUGGGCAAGAGAUACUCACAAGAUUGGUAAGGUGGUAACAAAGGCUCAUGAUGGCGGCAUCUUUUCGCUAUGCAUGUGUAAAGAUGGCGCGAUGGUGUCAGGCGGAGGCAAAGAUAGAACCCUUGUCUGCUGGGAAGUCGAGUACUUCAACAAGCUGAAAUCUCACGAGAUUCCAGAAGUGCUUGGACCGAUCCGAACGAUAUCUCAGGGCAAAGGGAACAUGCUGCUGGUGGGAACUACAAAGAACAACAUCAUACAGGGAACUAUUGACCUCCGAUUUAGCCUCAUUGUGCAGGGUCACGUGGAUGAGUUGUGGGGAUUGGCGGUGCACCCGAAUCACCAUCAGUUCCUGUCGUGCGGCUACGAUCGCCAGAUCUUCCUGUGGGACACGCUGACACACAGCACAAUCUGGAGCAAAGACAUACAAGAUGGUGCGCACGCAGCUUGCUUCCACCCCAGUGGCAACUUGGUUGCUAUAGCAACCCUGUCAAGCCGUUGGCUAGUGGUAGACCUUCUGACUAGAGAAGUAGUGGCAACGCAUAGUGACGGAAACGAAUCUCUUAGCUGUAUUGCAUUUUCCCCAGAUGGCCGCUUCAUUGCUGUGGGGUCGCGAGACAACUGCAUCUACCUGUACCAGGUCAGCGACGACGGGAGGAAGUUCACCAGGAUCGGCCGAUGCAGUGGCCAUACCAGCUUUGUUCUGCACAUGGAUUGGUCAACGGACAGCCAGUUUCUUCAGUCGAAUUCUGGUGACUACGAAGUCCUCUUUUGGAGUGCUGCAGUGUGCAGGCAGAUAACUCAACCAUCUAGCAUGAGAGACGUGGAGUGGUCAACGCAGACGUGUACCCUUGGAUUCAACGUCAGUGUCUGGUUGCCAUGCAUAUGGGGGACACAGCAGUCAUGUGACAAAUGUUCACUUUCUCUACGAUGACACAAGGCUUGUGUCAACCGGUGGCAAGGACAUGAGCAUCAUGCAGUGGCAGAUCGUUUAAUGAUGUUCAGCUACCACGUGAGAAGCUGCUACAUGCAGUGUCACUUACUUAAGUGUAACAAGAAGAAUUUAAUCGCAUCUGCCUUCCACCAAAUAGGUAGAGUCCUCUUCUGACUGCUUAACAGAAAAUUAUCUUCUGCCAACUGAUAGGAGAGAGAAAGAGAAAGAGGGUGACAGAGAGGGAGAAAGAUACUUCUGCAAUGUGAAGAGGGAUGCAUUGCCAGAUGCCACUGCUCAUUUUACAAAGACCAGGUGCCGAGAAUUUUUUUGUUUAAGAAGGAAGCUGUAGCAGCAGGAAAUAUAAUCUAGUUAUGUAAGUAAGAGCCAGUGAAGUUUUCGUAUGGUCAUCUACGUUUUGGAGUAGUGACGGUGGGAAGAAAUGAGUGCUUUCUGGUUUCAAGAAACUUGAGCCGGUUAAACCAGAAACAAUCAAAUCUCCCAGGCUCGGAGGAAAUGUAAAUGGAAGUGCAAAAUGAUAGUCAGCUCUGCUUUGGUCUAAAAAGCAGCUAAAAUACAAUAGCUCAUGUGCAUUAUGCAUCAUUAUUGUGUGAAAUCAGCUUUAAUGCAAAGUGCUGCCAUCUGCUAAAGGCUGUUAGUGUUAACGUUUUUUUUUAAAUAUGUUAACAAGCACCUCUUCAAUGGUUUUAGUAGUAAUUUUCGCAUAUAUCAUGCAAGGCGGUUACAUUAGCCCUUCACUGGUCUAGAGUUGUUUAUCUCUGAUGCAGUGUUUUACUCUUAGCUGGACAACUCAAAAGGAUACACUUAAAAUAAUACUCCGUGCUAUAACUGGAAACGAAUAAUGUGCUCUUGAUUACUCGCUCGGUAGUUGAGGUACAAUGUUUACUUCUGCAGAGCAGCAACAAUAAUUGGUUUCUAUAACCGAGCGAGUUCCUAGUAAGUAUUAUGCUGCCAGUUUGGUACUUCAGAUUUCUGCUACAGGGCUAAGCUAGUAAAUUUGACAAGGUCUACUUUUUUGUGGUCGUUAUAGAUUUUGUAAACAUGCACAGAAACAAGGGUGCUAUAACCAUAUUAGUUAUCGCGUUGAUUGCCACCUUGUUUGUGGCUUUUAAAAAUCUACUUUUAGCAGUAGUUUUUGUAUGUUACGGGUUUUAACUUGGGAUUUCAAAAUGAUGGGAUCCUUUUAACAUUAAUAUCCUGGCCCACAGUUAUAAUUUUCACUCAUUUGAAUUAAACAUUUAUAAUCACGAUAGAAAUUAUUUUGUAAUAAUUAUAAUUAGGUAUUUCACUGAUUAUUAGUGUUUACUGUGUGAAGUUUUUAACAGAUGCUGUGUUCAUUAUCACAAUAUAACAAUAUAAAAUGUAUAAUGUAACAGUAUAAUGGGAGCCAGCCUUAUAACUUGUUUAUUUGUGUGUAACAUUCAGUACUUAGAAGAUUUAAUUUAUUUGAGUAGUUAUAUCACUGACAGCAGGCUUUUAUUGUGUAAUACUUGGUAUACUCGAGUGUGUGGAUUGGUGUGGAGUAGUCGUGUGUGUGCGUGAAUUUUGAAAUGUGUGUGUAUGCAAGUGUGAUUCUUUUGCAUGUGCUGCAACAAUAAGUUGUGCUGUAUAGAUAAUCGUAGUAUAUGUACAGCAAACAAUCUUAUGAAACUUGUGCAGGUUUUGAUACACAGAUAUACUAGAAUAGUAGUGCAGAUAACUAAUAGUAUAUUCUUAUCAUGAGUGUACUUGUGUGCACAGACUGUGUGUGUUGUAAUAUCAAAACUUGUUUUUGCAUCUUUUAUUCAGUGAGAGCUUUCCAGUUGCAGUUUUCUUCCAAUUUCUGCAGCUGUGCCAAAACUGUUCAUUUGUAAUAAUAUCAAAUACAAUAGAUCAACAGCUGAAGAUUUUA